UUCGUGUUUGCUGUAUAAACGGCCAAUUAACGGGAAACUGUCUGUGGAGAACACUGUAUGACGAUCACCUUGGAGUUAGGAUACCUCUCGGAAAUUGAAUAAUUCCAUGCGGGCAACAUGGAAUUAAUAACAGGAAAACUGCUUUUUGCUGUAGUACUAAUUGCUACAGUCACUCUGGGGCGUUUUGUCAAUGCCAAGGAAGCACGUGUACCUCUCAGUUUCCGUAUUGGCCAAGGGGAGCUGAUAACCUCCAUGCGCAACACAAUGCAUAAAAGUCCCGUUCAUUCGGCCUUUGCCAGCUGGCCUGAAAGUUCGAAGAAAUCCCCGACCAACCGGCACAAAAUGUAUUCCCCCGAAUUUCAGUCGUUCAUCAAACAAACCCUGGAACCCGUCAGUCUCAGCAGUGCGCUGAUCCAGCCGGCUUCGACGGAACCCCUCCCCGUGGAUUCCCCUGUCAGCCUGAGCAGCGCGUUCAUCCCGCUGGCGUCCUCGUCAUCGCUGGAUGACUCCACUGUCGACUCCACAGAUUUUCCUUACCUGAUCAACUAUCAACCGCCGCGACCGUAUUAUGAACGUCCACCCUACCAGAAUACCGUGUACGAUACGGCGGCCAAUUAUCCGGCCAGCGCUAUCGGCUCUCCAUCGGGAGAAUGGGAUACUCUAUCACCGGGAAUGUAUGGUUAUGGUUAUCCGCAGUCAGGGUAUGCGGGAUACGGUGCCGCGUAUGAUCCAUGGAGGCGGUAUGAUCAGAUGCUAAAUAACGGGGUACUCUUCGCGUUUCAGUAGUGGUUUUUUAACAGUGCUGGAUAUUAUACUUGUAACUAGAACUCCAGAAGCGCUAUUUGCGCAUGCGCUAUUUACCAUUUCUUAGCAUUUUCUUUCAUAUUUUGUGACUUCUUGAAGAAGCUACUUUUACCCACGUUUCAGCCACGCCUGUACUGUGCUAGUACGGGUGCACUUUAUAAGAUAACUAA